UUUGCUGUCUCCCAUUUGCGGACAUUUGGAGAUGGGUAGAAAAGCCUUGAGCUCAGAAUCCAACAAGAAUGUGUCCACCUUUUAAAUGCUUUUAGGGCAGAAAAGGGACCUUUUUACCCCAUGGUCACCUUAAACAGUGUUGUCUCAAAUAUCAUCUCCUGCUUAAUAUUUGGACAACGCUUUGACUAUCGUGAUGAGUGGGACGUGAUUUUUAUAGACAACUACCUGACUGAGAUGGAAAAGAAAAAUAGUGACCCUGAGGCUGGUUUUAACAUUGAAGGAUUAGUGGUGACUUGUCUAGACCUGAUUGAGGCCGGGACAGAAACCACAACUACGACAUUACACUGGGGUCUGCUUUUUAUGAUGAAGUUCCCAGAAAUCCAAGAAAAGGUGCAGGCAGAGAUAGACAGGGUUAUUGGACAGUCACGUCAACCCUGUUUGGCUGACAGAGUUGAUAUGCCCUACACUGAGGCUGUUAUCCAUGAGAUUCAAAGAUUUGGAGAUGUUGUUCCACUGGGAUUCCCUAAAAAAGCUGUUAAAGACACAAAACUAGGGGAAUACUUCAUUCCUAAGGGGACCUCUAUUACAGUAAACCUGUCUUCAGUCCUGCAUGAUCCAAACGAAUGGGAAACCCCAAACACCUUUAACCCAGGAUACUUCCUGAAUGAAAAUGGCCAGUUUCGGAAAAGAGAUGCUUUCCUGCCAUUUUCAGCAGGUAAGCGACCGUGUUUGGGAGAGCAGCUGGCUCGUCAGGUGAUCUUCCUCUUCUUCACCUCUCUGCUGCAGCAAUUCACCGGAAGAGUACACGCAG